AUUCCAAUUCAGUCGCUGCACCUACCUAGGUAGGGCACCUCGUCGCUCGCUGUCACCGUAAUUGGUAUAGAGCAUCCUGUCCACAUAGUCUUUAAUCAUGCUCUCAUCAAAUCUCGAACAACAACAGCCAUGGCGGGAUUUCACAGCCACGGUAUCCUUUCCUUACACUUAUUCUCCUAUAAACAUGUUGUCAUUAGUUCUGCUCGCCAUCGCCGGCGCUGCAGCGGCUCGUAGCAUUCUCACAUCCGGAUCGCUCGACUAUAGCAUCCCGACCAGGCAGGCAGGCAGUCUACCUAGCAGCUUCAAAUGGAGUUCGAGCGGCGCACUCGUCGGCCCCAAGAGCGACAGUCGUAACAUCAAGGGCAUCAAAGACCCCUCCAUCGUCUACUACAACAACCGAUACCACGUCUCCGCCAGCACGGCUGUAUCUUCAGGAUACAACAUGGUCUACUUCAACUUCACCGACUUCAACAACGCAAACUCAGCGCCCUUCUACUACCUCGAUCAGUCAGCCAUCGGCACUGGAUACCGCGCUGCGCCACAGGUGUUCUACUUCGAGCCCCAGAAGCUCUGGUAUCCCGUGUACCAGAACGGGAACGCGGCAUUCUCGACCAACAAGGACAUCAGCAACCCCGCCGGCUGGACCGCACCCAAGACGUUUUACAGUGGAACACCGAAGACGAUCCAGGACAAUCUCUCGGGCGGAUAUUGGGUGGACAUGUGGGUAAUCUGCGACGCAUCGAACUGCCAUCUUUUCUCCUCCGACGACAACGGCCGCCUUUACCGCUCGCAAACUCCCGUCAGCAGCUUCCCUAGCGGCAUGAACGAGCCCGUCAUCGCCAUGCAAGACUCCAACAAGAACAAUCUCUUCGAAGCUUCAAACGUGUACGCGGUCGGCAACGGAAAGUACCUUCUGAUUGUCGAAUGCAUAGGGAGCACAGGCCGGUACUUCCGCUCGUGGACUGCGAGCAGCCUUGCGGGCCCGUGGACUGCGCUUGCGGCGACGGAGAGUAAUCCCUUUGCGGGCGCUGCAAAUGUGGCGUUUAGUGGGACCGCGUGGACUAAGAGCAUUAGCCAUGGCGAGAUAGUCAGGACGCAGGUCGAUCAGACGUUGACGAUUAGUCCGUGCAAUGUGCGGUAUUUAUACCAGGGGUUGGAUCCGAGCGCGAGCGGCGAUUAUAAUUCGCUGCCUUGGAAACUGGGACUUCUUACGCAAACGAAUUCGGCUUGCUGAGGGCUGGACAUAGCGGUGCUUGGGAGUAUCAGACCCUUUGGAGAUGACACUCGAA